AUGCCUUGGACUGACCAAGGCCAACUGGUAGGAAUCCACCAUCGGCACUUCUUCCGGAGGAAGUUCUCGUGCUUCUUUAACCGUCCGGACGACGAAUCACUUCUGGAGCGCCCUCCAAGGAAUCGCGCCUCGAAGAACUCGCCCACGAUAGGAGUGCCUCCUCGAGCUGUACCGUUGAAGACAGGACAAAAGACUUUCACACCAUCGAAUCUCACGCAGUCACCGCAAGCACCGUCACGACAGAACUCAAGCAGCCCAGCGUCCACAAUGGCUUCGCCGGGGUCCACCCAAGUAAUCACGCACAUCGUGCUCUUCAAGUACAAGCCCAGCAUAUCAUGGGAAGCAUUCGAAGAACACUUCGAGACCUUCAAGGCGCUACAGCAGCGAUGCCUCCACCCAGUGACACAGCGCCCGUACAUGAUCUCGAUGCGCAUGGGCAAGAACCGCAGCUGGGAGCCAUUCUCAAAGGGUAUGACGCACGCCUUUGUGCUCGAGUUUGCCUCGCAGGACGACCUGGACUACUACCUCACUAAGGACCCUGUGCACCUCGAUUUCAGCCGCAAUGCACACCCCCUGAUCGAGGACAGUCUUGUCGUAGAUAUCAAGGAUGGGGUGCUGUUCGGCCCGGCGGCCAAGAGGCCGGCGGGCGUAACUUUCCCGGGAGAAAGUGGGAGGACGUGGAAGGGCGCGUGCCAUUGCGAGGGAUGCGAGUGGGAGGUCAGGACUGAUGGCGAGGACCUGAAGCAUGUUCUAUGCCAUUGCGACACGUGCAAGAAGCUCGGGGGCGGCCCGUACUCGUGCAAUUAUAUCGUGCCCAAGGGGGAUUUGAAGGUGACCAAGGGAAGGCCGAGUGUCUACACGUAUAAGGGCGCAAGUGGCAAGGACGUGAGAUGCUUCUUCUGCCCCACGUGCACGUCGCACAUCUACCACCACCAAGACGCCAUGGCAGACAAGGUGAUUGUCCGGACGUUGUUGCUUGAAGGCGGCAAUGAUUUCGAGGCUGGCGGCGAGAUCUUCCCGGAGGGUAAGCUGAGUUGGGUGCAGGAUCUCAAGGAUAGUCUGGAGCCUGUCCCAGCAAAGAAGGCCGUGAACGGCGUGAACGGGACGAACGGGGCUUGA